CUGAUUAAUGCGGCCAGGCAUCGUGCGCUGUGCUUUUCCCGCCCUCUUGCUGCUUGUGUUUGCGCCGCUGUACCUCUUCCGGCACUUUUCAUUUGUCUCAAGUGAGUGCGGUUCCCUUCCCGUGAUGCUGACGCGGCUAUCGAGUAUGGGCGUGAUGCUGGAUGGCGACAAGCACGCCACCUCGAGAACGGCGCAUCUUGAGGUGUUCAGCAGCUCGGCUGACUCAUCAACGACUCGUGCUGCCAUGAGAGGAAGGCAAGAGCGUGCCCCUCACCUCACCGCCCGUCACGCCCUCCGUGAGUCUGAUUCGCUCUCCCUCUUCCCCUCCCAUCACUGGGUGCCCGGCCUGCGGUGGGUGUUCGUCGUCGCUCCGACGUACAGGCGAGUCACGCAGCGUCUGGACCUGACGCGGCUGUUCAACACAUUCGCGCUGUCGGCCAAUGUGCACAUGAUCGUGGUGGAGGACAGCGUCAACAGGACAGCUAAAGUCGAGAGGGUGCUGAAUGAGAGCACGCUGCUACACUGGUCCCAUCGCCACGUCAAGACAUCCGCUGGCCUCCACGUGAAAGGCAGCGAGCAGAGGAACGAGGGCAUAUGGGCCAUUCGGCAUAUCGUCUUCAACGAGACCGACGCAGAUCUGAGGAAGGCAUACGAGGUGGGCGAACAGACACGCGAGGGUGAGGCCCAUUGGCGCAUGCUUCCACUCGUGCAGGACGGUGUAGCGUAUUUCGCUGACGACGACAAUGCGUAUGACGUGCGGAUCCUGGACGAGCUGCGGAAGGUUCGCAACGUCGGCACAUGGCCAGUGGGUCUGUCAGGACAGAGGAUAGCCGAGCGGUGUGAAGUCAACGCGACGACCGGCAAAAUCACGGGAUACAGCGCAUGGAAUGUGAGCGAGCGAGCAAUACACGAAAAUCGGCCAAUGCUCAUUUCUCUGUUUGCGCGUCGCGUGUGUGUGUGUGUGUUUGUAGGAGCUUCGUGCGUAUCCGAUUGACACAGCAGGGUUUGGGCUGCAUGUGAGGCACUUCCUACAGGACCCCCCCGUGCUAUUCAACCCCCAGAGCAAGACGUGCGGUCUGGAGGGCGAUUUCCUAAAGCAGACGAAUGUCAGCAAAUACGACAUAGAACCACUUGCAGACAACUGCACAAAGGUCGGUGCCGAUAGACCUAGCGGCCGGUACCUUUGUGCACAAUGGCUGUCAUUUGUCUGUCGUUCGUUCAGGUCUACACGUGGCAUGUGGGUACAGACAUCAAGUGGGCCGGCAAGAGGCCGCCGUCAGACUUCGAUGCGGAAUUCGACAUCUAGCGACAGCAUGCACAUCCGUACGUACGUACUUGUCUGAGUGUUUCAUGUGUAUCAAUCAGCUCAUAGGGAGGGAGGGGCAUAAUUAGCAGCGUGUGAAUGCCUACGGUAGGGGCUAGAUAGGCGGAGGCAGGCAAGUAGCGAGCUUUGUCCGUCCGUCGGCGGUGUCUGGCGUUUCUCGUGCUCGUGUCGCCUGGCUGGCCCUUGUGGUUGGUGUGUCGCAAUGCAUGGGAUGUCUGCACGGGUACUUAUGCAUGCCACGGGUGUGUGUGUGUGUGGUCGGUCAGUACAUACUUGUGUCACUUUUUCGUCAGUCGUGUCAUUUGUCUGCUGCCUAUCUGCCUGCCCACUGCCCACUGAUUCGUAUCACUCACUGCGUGCGUGCAUGCCUCUCUAUCGCACGUCGACAUGUGCUGUAUUGACUGACUGUGUUUUGAUUCGUACUUGUGCAUGACCUUUUCCCGCAGACGCCGACGACUGACCGGUCUGCGCGAAAGCACUCAUGUCGACCGACAUGAGGAGGAUGGCGUGCGUCAUGAGGCGUGAGAGGCAGACUACUAUUUGUUGUGGGCACAUGGAUGUUUGCCUCCGUUAGCCGAACAGUUUUGCUUCACGAGACGCUUACCGACUGAUUGGUGUGUUGGUUGCAUCAAGUCAGUGGCACAAAUCACCGCGAGAACAAAGAGAUGAUCCGUUUGGUGAGGUCUCAAAUUGCAAACAAAAAAGUCAUCUGCUUAUUCAUCACGUUUUGGUUCAUUGCAAAUGACGCGCUUGCUUGAUGGUGGACU